CACACACAUUUUUAUAUAGACACACCAAACACACACGCGGCUGAGCAUCAGCAGGAUCAACAUCAUCACCAGUGGUGGCGAGCCAGAGACAAAGAGUGAGACGGGGUGGGGAGUGGGGGGGGGGGGAGUGAACGGGGGACCAUUUCACCAUCUGAGGACAGACAGACGGAAGGACUGGCGAGAGGAUUGACGGACGGAUGUGAGGAGAGACAGGCGACCUGAAGAAGGACAGAGGGGAGGAGGGACGGACACACGGCCUUCAUCACCUCCAGUUGUGUUCGAGCGCGAUGGCCGACCACAUGUUUGUGUGUGUGUGCUGAGAGUGUGUCUGUGGUGGGUGUGUUUUUCAUGCAAGUGUGAAGUGUGUGUGUGUGUAUGAUGGGGAACACGGAGAGCAUGGAGAGCCAGCUGGCUGUGAUCCGGUCCAGAGCCGCACCAGUCCGACUCCCAAUGCCUGAUGCCGCCGAGCUGGAGGAGAGGUUUUCCAUUGCCCUGAAUUCCAUGAACCUUCCUCCAGACAAGGUGCGUCUGUUGCGUUCCUAUGACAACGAGAAGAAGUGGGAGCUGAUCUGUGAUCAGGAGAGAUUCCAAGUGAAAAACCCUCCACACACGUACAUCCAGAAGCUUCGAGGAUUUCUCGACCCAGCGGUCACACGCAAGAAAUUCAGGAGAAGGGUCCAAGAGUCAACGCAGACACUCCGAGAACUUGAGAUUUCUCUUCGCACAAACCACAUCGGUUGGGUGAGAGAGUUUCUAAAUGAGGAGAAUCGAGGUCUGGACGUUCUUGUGGAGUAUUUGUCCUUUGCACAGUAUGCUGUCACGUUUGAUGGCGAGCAGUCAGAGUCUGGAGGAGAUGCAGCUUCUAUUGACUCUCCAUGGAGUCGGUCCAUAGAAGAUCUCCAUGGUGACUGCAGUCUCCCUUCCCCGUCCUCCUCUGUACCCAGAACAGCACGACACUCCAUCAGUAGUUCCACGUUGGUGACUCGCUCCAACACGCUGCCCAGUAGUCGCACUCUGAAAAAUUCCAGACUGGUGUGUAAGAAAGAUGACGUCCAUGUGUGCAUCAUGUGUCUUCGAGCUAUCAUGAACUACCAGUACGGUUUCAACAUGGUCAUGUCUCAUCCACACGCUGUGAACGAAAUUGCUCUGAGCCUCAACAACAGGAAUGCAAGGACAAAGGCUCUCGUGUUGGAAUUGUUAGCGGCGGUGUGUUUGGUCAGAGGAGGACAUGAAAUUAUCUUGUCUGCCUUUGACAACUUCAAAACGGUGUGCUCAGAGUCGAUGCGUUUUGAGAAACUCAUGGAACACUUCAAAAAUGAAGAUGACAACAUUGAUUUCUUGGUGGCCUGCAUGCAGUUUAUCAACAUUGUGGUCCACUCAGUGGAAGACAUGAACUUCAGAGUUCAUCUGCAGUACGACUUUACCAAACUAAACCUGGAUGAACACCUAGAGAGGGUGAAGCACACAGAGAGUGACAGACUGCAGGUGCAGAUUCAGGCAUAUCUGGACAAUGUGUUUGAUGUCGGGACCCUACUUGAAGAUGCAGAGACCAAAACCGCUGCAUUGGAAAGAGUGGAAGAGUUGGAGGAGAACCUGAGCACAAUGUCGGAACGUCUGCUCGAUGUGGAAAACGAAGCAAUGCUGAAGAUCGUCGAACUUGAGAAGCAGCUGAUGCAAACCAACAAGGAGCUGGACCAGCUUAGAGAUGUAUAUGCCAACACCAACACACAGGUACACACACUGCGGCGGAUUGUUCGGGAGAAAGACCAGACUAUCCGUCGUCAGAGUCGUCUAGAGCGUCAGGCCCAGGAGGCGCAACAAGCAGGAGGCCCUGGAGCUCCUCAACCCCAAAGAGGGGAAGGUGAUGGGGGUGUGGUCAAUUGUGCCUCACCCUCACCUCCCCCCUGCUCCAAUCUCUCCCCCAGCCCAGAAACGGUCGCAUAUCAUGCCAUGGGAUCAGGAAUGGGGGGAGCUCUAGAUAUGCCAUCCCUACCCGCGCCUCCUCCACCGCCACCCAUGCCAGGUUCGGUGUCCAACGGGUUGUACCCGGCACCGCCACCCCCUGCUCCUCCUCCUCCCCCACCUCCUCCGCCCCCUCCAUGUCGGACUAGCGAGCUCUCGUCCACUCUCCCUAUGCCUCCUCCUCCUCCCCCAGUGGCCCCCCCACUUCCAGGGUCAGGAGGGUCACCCACGGUCAUCUUCAACUCUGGGCUGGCAGAGGGACCACUCAAGUUAUUCUCGGUGAAGAUAAAGAAACCAAUCCAGACCAAGUUUCGGAUGCCAGUCUUGAAUUGGGUUGCUCUGAAACCGAGUCAGAUCAACGGCACGGUCUUUAACGACAUUGACGAUGAAGCCAUCCUGCAGGAUUUGGAUGUGGAAGUCUUUGAGGAGCUCUUUAAAACAAAGGCUCAGGGUCCAGCCAUGGAUUUAACGCUAUCCAGACAGAAACUUCCUCAGAAGGCUGUGUCUAGAGUUUCUCUGCUGGAGGCCAACCGAGCCAAGAACUUGGCCAUCACACUGAGAAAGGCUGGCCAGGGCCCAGAGGUCAUCUGCCGUGCCAUCCACACGUUUGAUCUGCGGACCGUUCGAGUUGACUUUGUGGAGUGCCUGAUGCGUUUCCUGCCGACAGAAGCCGAGGUGAAGCUUCUACGUCAGUACGAGCGAGACCGAAAACCUUUGGAGGCACUGAGUGACGAAGACAUCUUCAUGAUCCAGUUCAGCCGAAUUGAAAGACUCAACCAGCGCAUGUCCAUUAUGACCUUUAUGGGCAACUUCUGUGACAAUGUGCAACUGCUAACACCGCAACUCCAUGCCAUGAUUGCUGCAUCCGUUUCCAUUAAAUCAUCUCAGAAACUGAAGAAAAUACUUGAGAUCAUCUUAGCGCUUGGGAAUUACAUGAACAGCAGUAAGAGAGGUGCUGUGUAUGGAUUCAAACUACAGAGCUUAGACCUGCUCCUGGAGACAAAGUCGACUGACAGAACCCAGACGUUGCUUCACUACAUUGCCAAUGUGGUCAGAGAAAAGUAUCCCGCAGUGGCGCUCUUCUUCAACGAGCUUCAUUACGUGGACAAGGCUGCUGCAGUGAGUCUGGAGAACGUGUUGUGUGACGUGAAGGACCUGCAGAGAGGGAUGGAACUCACCUGGCGUGAAUUCAGCAUGCUGCACAACUCCACCUUGAAAGAUUUCAUCAGCAGGAAUGAAUCUCGACUCAACAAACUUCAGGAGGACGCACGCAUCGCCCAGGACGCUUUUGAAGACGUGGUGAAAUUCUUUGGGGAAAGCUCGAAGACAAUGCCGCCAUCCGUCUUCUUCCCCAUUUUUGUCCGAUUCAUCAAAGCUUACAGGUUGGCUGAGGAGGACAAUGAACAGCGGCGGCGUCAGGAACAGAUGAUGUUGGAGAAACUGGAACAGGAGGAGCAGCAGCAGCAGGAUGAAGAAACCAAGUCGCCAUCUCACAAGGGCAAACGGCAGCAGCAGGAGCUGUUAACUGAGCUAAGACGACGACAGGGGAAGGACAGCCGCCAUGUUUACGAGGGGAAGGAUGGCGCCAUUGAGGACAUCAUCACCGCAUUAAAAACCGGCCCCUUCACAGCUCGAUCAGCCAAACGUAGCUCUCGCUUCUUCUGUGACCCCGCCCACACUGAAGAACACUACUGAUGUUGGGCUCCCCAUGAAUUCAUGGCAACAAAUAAGCACUUUGAACAUUUGGACAUCAUGCUAUCUAAUUGGUCAGUUUGUGAACCAAAUUGUUGGAGCAUCCAUUUGUAUGCUGUCGAUCCAACAAAGCACCGGAAGCUAAUUCCAUUGCAGUUAUGGUGAACAAUUGUUUUGUGUCCAGUUAGGAGUGAUGCAGCGAAUCGUAUAAAAUAGCAACAAAACGCACACACUCAACUUAAAGUCACAAGUGAGUCCCAUCAAAUUGUUGCGACGUUUCUAACAAUGUAGUAAAGGUUUUCCUGAAAGAUACAGGGUUCUACUUUCUACCGUAUUUAACGGAUUAACAACCACAUUCCACUUCAUGAAACUUUGUCAAAAUCCCCUAACAAACUUUCUGACUGAACCAUUUGAGAAUAAGUGUGUACGACACUUUGGAUCAUUCAUACCGUGAUUGACUUGGGUUCCAUUCCCUCUCCGUCUCCUGGUCCUGCAGGCCUGUGUUCACUGAUCAUUUGUGUUGUGACAUGUUUACUUGUCCUUCACUUCUGUUCUGCAGUUUUUAUGCUCUUUCACUGACUAUGUAUUAAUGCCAGUCUUUUUUGGAGUAAUUCUGAUUAUUUAUGUUGUGCAAGGUAGUGGCUGUCAUUAUUUGUGAGAGGAGCAAGAGCAUUUUUCGCCAGUAAGCAACCAUGCUGUUAGCAUUGACUUUUGGGUUGUUUUGAGUCAUUGUACUUUAUUUCUAUUGUCAUUUGUUUUCAUCAUCACUAACCUGUGAGGAGUGAUUGCAUUAUAGUAAUUCUGAAGGUCAAAUCUACUAAAGCUAAACUUGAUAGCACACACAAAGCGGAUCUACUACACUUGUGCGUGUCUUACUUGAGCCAAAUAAGGAGUGCAAUCCAUUUAGCGUGUCUUUAAUGAAUAUGCAGAAUAUAUGCUGAUCGUCAAAAUGCCCACAAUACUGGGAGAAGAUGCAAAUAUAAUCAUUCAACACGCGCGAUUUAUCAAGGCUGAUGACUGUUCUGCGGGCACUAUUUUGCGGAUGUAUUUAGCACAUGUGAAAUCUACGUACAAACUGUACAGUUACGCACACUGCGUAUUAUUGUUAUGUCACCUAUAUGAAAAAGUUUCUUGCAAUAUGCAUUUUCCAGGAGCCAGCAGACAUCUAAAGGAACAAUCCAUAUCCUCUAUAGAAAAACUUCAUGCAAUCCUGCUUUUUCUUGCGUCUAGAUCAUACACACGCACCAUCGCAGUUAGUGUUGCCGUCUUUUAGCGAUCCACCAGUUUUACUGGUGGAUUGCUAUAAUAUUGUUCACAUUCGAACGAGAAAUGUCCUGAAGUGCACCUUCAGCGGGCUGAAACAUGGAUUCUGUUGUCUAGAUCGCAUUAGAGCAGUGGUUCUUAACCUGGGUUUGAUCGAACCCUAGGGGUUCGGCGGAGCCUCCACCGCGGAGGUCAAGACACACCCGACUCAUCAUGUAAAUAACAACUUUUCCUAUCGGCGUAUUAUGGAUAUCCCCAACAAUGUUCCCUUAAUUUUCCAUAUGCGUGAGCGAACGCAACAACUCCUUGAGCAUUCAGUGGAGCACAUGUGAGCGACGUCAGACGUGCACAUGCACUGUGGCCACACCAGCACCACACCUGUCCCAAACCUGACUAAAUAACAAGUUCAAUGUUUUAUUAUUAUAAUCAAAUGACAGUAGUCAUUUCCAUGAGAUUAUUUUCUAAUAUAAGUGUUUUGGCCCACUUACAAUGACAAUAACAAAACAUAUUGUUUUUUCAUGAGCUGUGUACUAGCAUUGUAUAUAUGUCUGGGUGGGGGUUCUUCUUUGGAAAUAAUUUGUACCCCUUUCAGAUAUCGCAUUUAGUUCCCACUUAAACAUUCACAUGUUGCACAAUGAGAUGUAAACAUGGGAUCAUGUGUACAUUCCUGUAACUUUCUGUUUGUAAAAUAUAUCUUUAUAAGUAUUUCUUUAAUAUAAUAACACAAUUUCAUGAUUGAUAUUUAUAAAUUAAGAUUAAAUUAAGAAAAAAACAUUUUAUUUUUCACUACAGAAGGGUUCGAUGAAUAAGCAUAUGAAACUGGUGGGGUUCGAUACCUCCUACAAGGUUUAGAACCACUGCACUAGAGGAUUGUCUAUAUAGCCCAGAAAAGUUGGUGCAGAUUAAAGUUGUGUGCUGCAUGUUACAUGGCAUUGCAAAAUACCACAGGUAGAUAUAAUGGUAAAUGGGUUAUAUUCGUAUAGUGCUUUUGUACCUUCAGGGUACUCAAAGCGCUUUGACACUAAGUCCACAUUCACCCAUUCACACACACAUUCCCAAACCGAUGGCGGGAGCUGCCAUGCAAGGCCCUAACCACGACUCAUCAAGAGCAAGGGUGAAGUGUCUUGCUCAAGGACACAACAGACGUGACUAGGGUGGUGGAAGCCGGGGAUCGAACCAGGAACGUCCAGUACGAUUGACUUAUGUGAGCACACUGGUCCACACCUUGGCACGGCACCUUUGCCUCCUUGAGCAUGAUUGGAAGAGGUGGUCCUCUGCACAUGCAUAUGUAGCCGAGUCAUAAAAGGACUGCAAUGCAAUCGCUUCUUGCAGGUUAAUAAUGAUAAGUGACUCAAUAUUAUUGAAAAGGUAAACCCACAGCAUUCUAUUUUACCCGUGAUUUUUGUGUUAAUUGCGACUACGCCCCUUGCAAGUAAUAAAUGACAACAAUCUUGCAGAGAAGAAAUGAAAGACUGAAAAGAAUCCACAAAAUCAUAUAAAUUGCAGUGAAACAUCAUAUAAGGAGUAAUAGGGUGAAGGGAUAGGUAAACAGAAUAAAGCACAAAUAAUCAGUAAGUACACUCUAAACAUCGGCAAUGUUGCACAUGUGCAUGUCCCUGAAGAGCCUUAGGUUCAAAUUGUGUUACCAACCGUCCUUUGAAAAACAGAAUAGAAAAAUAGUUUGUAAAAUGUCAAUUAAAAACAAAGGGCUUUUAAUAAAAUAUUUUACAGCCUUUUACUGUUGUCCCCAAUAAUAGAAUCAAAUAAUAAACUAAAUCAUCAUGCGAUUGUCUCACUGUGGUGCUCCUCAUGGGAAAAGCUUUUAUUUUGCACUAAAAAAUGUUUCAUUGAACAAUUUACUUUGCAUGUAUUGGUGUAACUCCCAAACAUGCAUCCAUUUAUACCUGUUUAUGUCCAUGAGCAAGAUUGUUUCACACAAAUUUAAGAAAAACAAAAACACAAUCCCCACACUGGUGAGGAUGAAGACAAUCGGAUCAGCCGGUCCAGCCAACAGGUGUCCGUUAUAGUCUUUAUUUUGCAUGAAGUUGGCAACCCUGGUACGGAUCAGUGUGGUCACAAUAGCCAAACAUACCAGACUUUAGUCAUCCUGCAUAGUAACUGGUGACCACAAAUCUUCACUGAUUAAGGGUAAAGGUGAACUGCACUUUUUUUUUAAAUUUUGCCCAUCGUUUACAAUCAUUAUGAGAGACAUGAUGAGGGAUCUGGGGUUUUUUCAUGCGUUCUAACUCGUAAAUAAAAGUCUGCUAACAGAAGAGCCAAUGGGAGGUCCUCUUUUCCGCCAAUUGUACCCGAUAAAAAUAAACAUUCAAAAACCGCCAAAAAUACUCCAUUUACAUAUCGUGACUUGAAUAUUAACCAAGUAUUAGUGGUAUUGUUAUUAUAAGCGCUAACGCAGACAAACUAUUGAUAGCGGCGCCGUGAUAACAAGCUUGUGUGCCAAUGUUGACAUCCUCGUUUCUUUACUCAUCAAACUUUAUUACAAAUUAUAAAUAAUGCCUCUCACCUGUAAAUGAGAAGGACAAUGGCAUAUUUUGACAAGUUGGUACAAUAUGACAGCCAAUUUAGACCUGGGAAUGACGAGAACGACACAAAAAGACACUAGGUUCCACCCCGCUUUUCUUCAUCUAAAAUGGGAAUAUAUGAGCAUCCCAGCAGUCUGCAUUCUAAUGACAGCAGACAUUGGAAAGUAAGUGAUAUUGUAUUAGGUUUGAUGGCUCUCAGCAGUAAUCAGUAAUGAAGAAAAAGAAGUGAACGUUGUGAUGUUUUUUUGAACUGAUUGCGCCGCGUAUGCUUAAAAUGAUCAAAAUAUGUAAAUAUGAAAUGUUAUUCUAAAUGUGCCUGUUACUACAUUACAUAUAUACUUGCAUCAUGUAUAUACAACCUUAAUGGAGGCGUUUGGAUGUUUUUAAGGGCUUUGUAGGCACUCCCAUAAGCUCCAUUGUAAGCAGACUUUUGAUCGUAUUUAUUUAAUAUUUAGAAUGCAUUACAAAAAAAAUACAUCAAACGUCUUGUCUUUCAUGAUUGUGAACGAUAAGCAAAAUUCCAAAAAAAAGUAGUUUACCUUUAUGUCAAGCAGUGCUGGCUAAUUAGUUAAAAACCUGGGCUGUCGACACCUGUUGACAGCCCAGUGAGCCUUACACAACAUACUAUUAUACAGCCACACUAGCUGGCAUCUAUUUAACAUGCACGUUACGAUUGUUCAAGUUUUAAUAAAUCCUAAUGGUCAUAAGACUACAUCCUCUCAUUAUUUGCAAGCUGGCUAGUCUUAUAUCCUAUUAGCAAGACCAUACUCACCAUCGUAACAUCUCAACUCUGUUUGUGUCUGAUUGUUACAUCACCCGCUGCCCUGAUCAACCCACCCCGAUACCCUGCCUGACACCCCAAAAUCGUAUCCCUAUACAUAUUUUAUUUCAACAUAUAAAUGUAAAAGAGCACAACGUUACCUACAUGUAAAAACAUUUUUGUAGCUUUUCCAGUUUUUGUUGUUGUUACUAUUGCUGCAUCUACAUUUGAUGUAAAUAAAUAAAACGUGUUGGCACAAUGCUAAAAAUAAUGACAUGUCAAUUAUUUGCAAAGACAAAAACAGGACUUUGACGUUUGGAAAACCUGCUGGCCACAAAGGCUUCUUAAAUGUAUAUAUGACAUGUAAGAAGGAUGUACUUUUUUAGGACUACUUUUUACUUCAUGUGUCUGUUGAGCAUUAUUACAUUCUUCAAGUAUUAUGCCAGGUUAUCAUGACAGAACAACUAAAAAUCUAAUUAGAUUUUACAGGAGUUUUUUUUAAAUAAGAAAGUCUGCAUGAAUAAAGGAUUUU